AUGGGCGACCCGUUUCCAUCACCCCCGCCGGUGGUUCGCGCCUUCCGCGAGUCCUUCGGCGACAGAAAACUUCCAGAUAUAUCCCGAAAGAUUACUGCAUGCAAGAAGAGAGGGCUGUCUUGCACUGUCAACCGGAGUUUGCAGAUCCUACUGGAGGACGAUGUAACAUGGAAGGAAGUCAUGUCCCAGAAGAUCCAACGUUUGGAAGAAUCGAUGGAUCAGGUCGUUUCUAGAAUUGAUGUGGCGGAGCUCCAACACCAAGGGCAAGCUCAUCCCCCCCGCCAGCGCCAGCCGCAACUGUUAAACGAUGCGUCCACCACGAGUUCGACAUCAUCACAACACCCACCUCCGAGAUGGCAGGUUGUGAUGGAUUCUCAAGGCGGCCCCGCAUCAAUUCCUGCCUCAUGUGUAUCGGAGCUACGAACAACAGCUUCAUCGGGCAAUAUGCCAGCUUCGCGCCUCGACGCUAUUCGCAAACGAUCGCCACUUCUCACGGCUGCCGUCUGCACCGUUGGAGCGCUGCACGCCCCGUCUCUAGGCCAUUUGUACGAUAUCUGCUAUCGUGAAUAUAAAUCCUUAGCAACAGCAAUUACUUUAUCCACUACUUCAAAUGUAGAUGAUGUCCGGGGUCUGUGUAUCGGAGCGUUCUGGCUUCACGAGUUGUCCUGGGCGCUGAUUGGAACUGCCGUGAGAAUUGCUUCUGACCUCAAGCUUCACCAUGGUAUAUAUCGAGCUCUAAAGGGUGAUCGUGAAGGAUAUCUCCAAGCUCGUUUAUAUUAUCUAGUCUACGUGUGCGCCCACCACUUUUCGGUUGCCUACAGCAGACCUUCAAUGUCUCGCGAGAAGUUGAUUGUCGACUCUGCUGGCCAUUUUCUGGAAACGGAGCACGCAACUGAGCACGAUACACGAUUAAUAAGCCAGGUAAAAGCAUGGGCUAUUACCGGCCAUGUGUUUGACAUGUGGCGUCGAUGUGGAGACUCCCAUACCACUUCAAUGCCUUCCACAACUCCGGCGAAUGUUGGAAAUUAUCCGCAGAAAGGAGUUGGAAUGCACUGGAACUUUGCAAAGCUCUACCUCUGUUCGCAUGCCUUUCGUGGAGUCUCAACGGUGCAGGAAAGGAGCCAGUCUCUACCCCCUGAACUAGAAGAAAUCGCAAAUAUGGGGGUUUUAUCUGCCAUGUCAAUUCUCAACGUCAUUGUUUCUGAUGAUGAGAGGCGAUCUUUUCUACACGGGUUACCCUUGUACUUUGACACGAUGAUCGCAUUCGCCGUUGUGUUCCUAUUGAAGGUAGCCACCAAGUACACGGACACUAUACGCAUUGACACCGACAAGAUAUUGUUCUUAGUAAGUCACACCGUCGCUGCGCUGAACGAGAUCACACACUAUAUGCAUCCACAACAUCUUUUGGUUGCCAUCGCGGAAGGUCUUCAGAAGUUGCUGUGGAAAUGUCAAGAACAGUCUCGCAUUACCCAGGAGCCCAUGCAACAGCUACCUGCUACACUUGAGCACUCGCCUACGGAAAUGGCCUGGAUGGAAAGCAUCACAAACUUUGAUUUCCUAACUAGUGUUCCUAACGUAGACGACUGGGUGUUUCAUUACCCCGUUGCGACUGGCGCACAUCCUACUCAUUACAAUCCAUGA